AUGGCAGGCGGUCCCGCACCAACAGGAGUUUCAGCCUCGUCCCUGGGCCAAGCUUGGGGAUAUGGAAUCAUACUCGGGCUUGGGGCUUUGUUCGCGCUGGGAAUGGUAUUUACGACAUGGGCGUUGAAGAGGUACAACAAUGAGCACCAGACCUCUGAGAUUUUCUCCACUGCUGGUCGCACUGUGAAGUCCGGUCUUGUGGCUAGCGCUGUGGUUUCUUCAUGGACAUGGGCCGCGACGCUUCUGCAGAGCACCUCGGUGGCUUUCCGAUACGGCGUGUCAGGACCGUUUUGGUAUGCGGCAGGUGCCACUGUUCAGAUUUUGCUCUUCGCAACCGUUGCGAUUGAGCUCAAGAGACGGGCGCCAAAUGCCCAUACAUUCCUGGAAGUCGUUCGUGCUCGCUACGGUGCGGUAACUCAUUUUGUGUACAUCACCUUCGGACUUUUCACCAACACCUUGGUCUCCGCCAUGCUUCUCACUGGUGGAUCCGCCGUGGUGACUUCUCUGACUGGAGUCCCUACGGCUGCGGCUUGCUUCCUCCUACCAUUGGGUGUUAUGGUUUAUACCAUGUUUGGAGGCAUCAAGGCUACCUUCCUGACAGAUUAUGUUCACACUGUCAUUCUGCUCAUCAUCCUUCUGAUAUUUGCAUUUACGACGUAUGCCGGUGGAGAGGCUCUGGGAUCUACGAAAAUUGUAUAUGAGCGCUUGCAAGAACUUGCUGUCGUCAAACCGGUCGAGGGGAAUGCCGGAGGAAGCUAUCUCACCAUGAGAAGCAAGGAGGGUGCCAUCWUCUUCGUCAUUAACAUCAUUGGCAACUUUGGGACCGUGUUCAUGGACAACGGGUAUUACAACAAGGCCAUCGCGGCAUCACCGGUCCAUGCUCUUCCCGGGUAUAUCAUUGGGGGCCUUUCUUGGUUCGCAAUCCCAUGGCUUUGCGCUACAACAAUGGGGCUGGCCGCUCUCGCGCUUCAGGGCUCCCCAAGAUUUCCGACAUACCCAGCGCCAAUGGACGAGGCUUCUAUCAGUGCAGGACUGACGCUUCCAUACGCUGCUGUUGCUUUGCUUGGAUCUGGUGGCGCAGUAGCCACUUUACUGAUCGUAUUCAUGGCAGUCACUAGCGCAUUCUCUGCCCAGCUCAUCGCUGUGUCCUCCAUUUUGACUUAUGAUGUCUACGGAACAUACAUCAAUCCGGAGGCUAGCGGAGCACGUCUGAUUUACACUUCACAUGCUUGCGUCGCUCUAUGGGGUAUCCUCAUGGCGUCUCUGUCCACCGGACUGUUCUACGCGGGCAUCAGCAUGGGCUGGUUGUACCUCUUCAUGGGCGUUAUCAUUUCUUCCGCAGUUCUACCUGCGACCAUGACAUUAAUGUGGAAGGGUCAGAAUCGCUGGGCUGCCACCCUCAGUCCCGUUUUGGGACUUGCAUGCAGCAUCACCGCAUGGCUCGUGACGACCUCGAAGCUGAACGACGGAGUCGUCAGUGUGGAGACGUCUGGUAGUAACAAUCCAAUGCUCGCCGGUAAUGUGGUUGCGCUUCUCUCGCCAGCAAUCUUUAUUGGAGUUCUGACACUCAUCUUCGGUAUCGACGACUACGAUUGGGUAUCAAUGAAACAAAUUCGCCUCGGCGACGACUCCGAAAAGACCACCAACGAUCGCCUUGCUCAAAACCCCGACGAGGAACGGAACAUGGACGCAAAYGCGGGACAACAAGCCGCAGAGCAAGCAAAACUGCUCCGCGCCUCGAAGAUUGCAAAGUAUACAACAUCGAUCAUGACGAUCGUUCUACUCGUUCUAUGGCCCAUGCCUCUCUUCGGCACUCGAUACAUUUUCAACCAAGCGUUUUUCUCGGGAUGGGUUAUUGUUGGUAUCAUAUGGCUCAUGUGCUCUACCUUGGCUGUUGGAUUUUAUCCUCUUUGGGAGGGGAGAGUUAGUAUAGCGCGGAAUUUUGGAGGUAUGUGGCGAGAUAUUACAGGCAAGCCUCGCGUGCAUGCCAACAGUUCUCAAGUUCUGGAAGGAGAACCUGCGGGGGAAUCACGACCGGAAACAAUUGUGAUUCAGGACUCGGAGAAGUGA